AAAACAGAAAGUAAUUAUAGCUGAUUCAAGAAAAUUGUCGGUUUUGCUAAAUACUUCAUAAGUAGUACCUACCAUCAUUUUGUUGUGCAAGGAAUUUAUUAACUAGAAGACCUUCGAACGACUGAACACAUCGGACAUCGGGAUCUUGGGCUUCGAGAUACAAGUGUUUGGUCCUUUAAUCUAGUCUAGACUUAAUUUCAGAACUUCUAUCUCAAUAUUUUGUUCUCGUUGUUGUAGUUAUACCUCGCAUGAGUUUACAUAACAACCUCAAUGAAGUAAUCUCUACAAGACCUCAAAUUGUGACAAUGACAUAAAAAAGAAAAAAUACUUUAGCCAUGAUAAUGACAAGCAUGGCGACAAAAUUGGCAGUGAGGGAAUAACUCCUCUUUUUUUCUAGAAUACUUAUUACAGUUUAUAUGAGCAAUGUCUUCGUAUUCGAGCGACAGCGAUUACUCCUGCCCGUAUGGCGCUGAGUUCACACACCAAACACCUUUUUACGCUUCUAUGGGACAACCACUUGUCUACUACGCGCAAGUAAGGGGAUAUAAAAAGAAUAAUCCCAAUUGCUUCGUGAAGGCUUUCCGGUGGUAUACUCAGGAUCAUAAGCCCCAAAGUCAACGUGUAGAAGCGCAAUGUUGUAAGCCGGAUGUGUCUGAGUUUGCCACCUGGCUGGACAUCAAGUAUGAGCAGUUCUUGGCUGAGCAGGCGCCUCAAGGUCACAAACAGCUCAAGAACACACAGACAUCGGUCAUCGUCUCCGGAAACACUUGUUGUAAAAACUGCGGGCCUUGUCCAGACGCUAAAAGGUUUGAACGCUUAAAAAGUAAAUGCAUAUCUUACAGCCCGUGGAAGAAGUACAGGCGUCAAACACAACAACAAAAUCCAAACGAAAGAAAUUUACAGGAACAAACAGGUCAAAGUAUGGAGUACAUUCUGAGUCCUAAAAAUAUAUCACGCGCUGCAUCUGAAUGUUAUCAUCCAUCACCAGUAUCUAUAUUAGAAACCCAGGUUCCUACCAAUGUCAAGCGAAAAUCUCAGAGCGCAACAAAUGUGUCCCCAAAUACAGGGCCUUGCAUUGACAUUGUAACUAAUCACGAAGGUCCUCCAGCACCAAGACCAAAGCAAUCGACGACGUCGUUAAAAAUAGAAGUCCAAAAACCUACUACGAAAUACCAAAAACCUUCUGAAAAUUUUGCAAAGAACAAAAUACCUACUACUAUAAAUAGAUCAUGUACUUGCUGCGUACGUGUAAAUACAACAGACGCUGAAACUCAAUGUGAAUUUUCUGUUGAAACAUUCGUUCCCACGUCUUACGAAGUGCCUUCUGAGGUUUCUAUGAAAAAAAGACGGCGAAGUGUAAUUCCCAAUUAUUUGAAACAUGACAAACGUACUAAAGAAGUUUUCUGUCAAUACUCGGAAUUUUUAGAAGGAACACAGUGCUCGACUAAAAAGACGUCCCGCGUGCAAUGCAAGUGUCCCGAUAAUAGCCACAUUUACACCAAUAUUAAAGUAGAGCCACCACCACCAACACCACUACCACCACCAAUUCAACAAGAAAAGCUUAAAAUUUGUAUUUGCCCAAGGCAAGUUCACCAAAGCUCCCGUACGGUGUACGAAACCAGCACAGCUCAGACUUCUAACCGCUCCAUCAACCUUGAGAAUGACAUUAUGCUGUGCCCACUACUCUUAAAAAUAGUAUGUGCGGAUAAACCGUUAAAAGGUUGCAUGUGUGACGAGAAAUAAUUUCUAUGCAAAAGUUCCGCAGAUUACAAAUAUACGAGUAUGCAAAUCAACUCUACGUGAAACCUUCUUUAUGUGUUUAGUCAUUUACCUAUAAAAUAAAACAUCUGGAAUUAUU